GCCAUGGCUUCAGGCAGUAUGCAUGUGAUGUAAGUUAUUUUGUGUGUUGCACAACCUUCUCACGUCCCCUGCUGCAUACAAGUCAGAGUGCAGCAAAGAGAAGUUUCCCUUCACAGCUGAUGCGCACUUUGGUAAAGGAUCAUACCUUUUUGACCGACAAGAUGAAGAAGUUGAUCCUCGACGUGGACACAGGGGUGGAUGAUGCUCAGGCCAUCAUGAUAGCCCUCGCAGCCCCCAACGUGGAGAUCCUGGCGAUCACUUGCAGUCAUGGCAACACACCCCUGGACAACGCCUGCAAGAACACACUGCGUGUCCUCAAAGUCUGCAACAGGCUGGAUAUCCCAGUGUACCGCGGAUGUUCAGGGCCACUGUUGGGUCGAACACGCCACGCUGGAGAUUUCCACGGGAAGGAUGGGCUGGGCGACGUCCCAGAUCCAGAUGCUCCAGGCCUGGAGCUGCUGCAGAAGAAACAAGCUGCACAGGCCAUCAUCAAGAUUGUCAACCAAAACCCUGGAGAGGUGAGUUUGGUUGCCACGGCGCCCCUCACUAACCUGGCCGUUGCAGUACAACUUAACCCUUCCUUCCCGAAGAAGCUGAAGGCGCUCUACAUCAUGGGAGGAAACACUGAAUCCAGGGGUAACACCACAGUGUGUGGAGAGUUUAACUUUGUGGCUGACCCUGAAGCCGCCUACAUUGUGUUGGACCGCUACACCUGUCCCACCCACAUCGCCACCUGGGAGUUCAGCUGCAGGAGCAGCCUGCCGUGGUCUUUCUGCGACACUUGGCUGGCCCAAGACACAGACAAGGCUCGUUUCAUGGAAAAGAUUUCCCUCCACACCAGGAAGAUGGUCCAGACUGAGCGGUAUCAAAAGGAGCUGGUAGGAGGACCUGGGUUCAACUCCUGUGACACCUACGCCUUGGCUGCAGCCAUCGAUGACAAGCUGGUGAUGGAGAGUGAAGAGCUUGCAGUGACGGUGGAGUUGGAGGGAACCCACACCCGAGGCAUGAUGGUCGUAGACUACAUGGACCUGCUGAAGAAGAAACACAAGGUCUUCAUCAUGAAGAAAAUUGACGAGGAGAAGUUCAAACAAAUGAUGAUGAAGGCACUGAAAUAGCAUGACAUGUCUGAGUCCCACUAAACGCAUGAUCUCUGCAAAGCGCACUACAGCCGAUACAGUUCAUACUUAUUCCACUUAUUCCACAUACUUAUAUUAUAAUUAUUCCAUGCCAUUGUCUUAAACACAGUAUAGUGGUAUUAGGCAGUGUGCAGCUGUUUUGGAAAAUAUUGCAUGUGUUACAACCAUCAGUCCAUGUGAAGGCCCGAGGAGAAAACAAUUCAGCUUUUCUGUGUUUAUCUUGAGCUGUCUGAUCGACACAGUGGGAUGCACUUUUUUUUUUUUAGUCUUAGGCUCCUAACAUAGGUGGUAAACCCACACUAGACUUGAGAGAAUUACUUUUUCGAACCACAUGAAACACAAACAUUCAAAAUAGAUGAGGAUUUGAUUUGUAUGUACCUGAUAUUACAAGGUUCAUUGUUCAUUAGAAGCUGACUGCCUGAUCACUUACAUUAGACUUGUUACUCACUCAUUACAUUGUUUUUGCAUAUGUCCUCAUCAGUAGACGUGAGAAAAAUUUAAUCUUCUUUAUGAUUUGUUUUUCUUUAACAUUAAGAAGCUUAAUUCCAGAUCCCAUAAUUCAAAUUUUCUUUUUCACUUACUUUACAUUUCACAUUCAGUCAUUUCUAUUUCUGGAUUUGUAUCCUAUUCUAUAGACCUUGAGAUACAUUGUCUUAUUUGUUUAUCCAUUAUUGAUGGUGUAUUGGCUCAGGUGUUUUUGAUUGGUUGUUGCAGCCUAUAAGUCUAGCAUAAAGACAUAUGUGAGUUACUGGGAAUUGUUCUGGAAAUCAUCAAUUUAUAAGCUAUGCAUGUAUUAAACUACCAUGUAAUGUGUC